CUUCGCUGGAAGGGUCCGGUAUGGUCUGAUAAGCCGGACGUGAUCAUUGAUGUCAAGGAUGUUGAUGAGCUCUGGGAUAGAGUUCUGGCCAUGAAUCCGGGAUGGGUCAUGCAAAUUGCCAACCUCGGACAGGGGACGAGCCUUGACAAUGGCUUCAGACUGUGCGGAGCCGACAGCGGUAUUGCCACUGGCAACUCGGACGAGGUCAGCAGAAUCCUGACCAGGCUCGGCGCUCUCAAAGGCACCUGGAGAAUUGAGGGUGGGCGGUGUCACCGGAUCGGCUGCGGCGAGAACACGGGCGUGUAUUGGUGCAAUGACAAUGCUUGGUCCAUCCGCACAUCAGCCAGGGCUCUGUACAUCAGAGGCUGCCAUAUCCGGGACGGCUGUUGCCACCGCCCAGAUGGCAGCCUGGAUGGAGGCGACCCCCUGUCCGGAGUUGAGGCCUUCACGGACAACCACCCCGAUGCUGCCAACUCCCGAGUUGCGGUGGGAUAUGGCAGCUGCUCCGACAACAUCAAUACCGUCCCUCUGAUCUACGGAUUUCCGGGCGAGCUGGGAAUCUGC